AUGUAUGUUUCUAUGCGAAAGAUCAUCACAUUGGAAAAGUAUGAACAGUGCAAGCAAGCUGUACCACCGGAGCUGAGCGUCAAGCCAUCGGAUGUGGAGGUGGCCUACGGGUGCAUCAAAGCCGCUCUCAAAUUUGCGCCUCCGAAGACCCUUCGAGUCGUCUCCUCCCUCGCGUCUCUUUGCCACGUCCAGCUCCCCUUCAAGCUUGAGCCGGCGGCAAUCUGCACCAUAGGGAAGAAGAAAGAUGAUAUCUAUUAA